CGUUUUUAUUCGUUGUUACUUAUCGCCCAUUAUUUGUUUUUUAGCCGGCUAGGACAAACAUAGUAUUAGUAUGUUAUAUAGAAAAUAAACUCAGGAUGUCUAGAAUUGUGAUGAACCAACUGACCCACCCCCAGCGCGUCCGCCUGCUGUACAAAACCAUUUUGCGACUGCACCGAGGACUUCCGGCCGAACUGCGUGCUCUGGGCGAUAACUAUGUGCGGGACGAGUUCCGGCGACACCUCAAGUGCAAUCCCAUGGAGGCGCAGCUCUUCAUGACCGAGUGGGCCCGCUAUGCCUCCACGAUCACCCAACAACUGGGCAUACGGGGCAAGCCCAAGGGGCAGCUGGGCGAGGAGAUCGAUCCCGAGGCCGUGGAAAUGCUAAAGGACGACCAGGUGGUUCAAUUGUACGAGCUGAUGCUGGCGGCCAAGGGAUUAGAUGAAGUGCAGGGCAAAUAAACUAGUGGAUUACUUUA